GCGCGCGAGGGAGAGAGAGAGAGCGAAAGAGAGCGAGCAAGGGAGAGAGAGAGAGAGCGAGAAGUACUUGAGUUACAUUGUUGGGUGAAUUUUGAUACAACACAACACGGCGAUUUAAGACAUUCUGGUUACCCCGUUGGAUCCUUGUGUAUUGCACCGCCUGGCUUCGUCCAUUAUUUUUCCUGCCAGUGGUUUAACAACAUUAAAAACAAGGGACAGAAGAAAACACACAAAAAGCAAAGACACACGUCCGGAUCAGCUGGCAUGAGCUAAGCCAGCAGGCAUGGAAACCAAGCCGUUCUUGCCACUGGGUUUCCUGAAACCCCAGUGCUCACUAGCACCACCGAUUGAGAGGGGGCGGCCUAGCGACAUAGGGAACUUGCCCACCACCUGUACCUGUUACAGCGGGUCCUGUCUCUUGCACCAGCGGCAGAUCAAUCAAGACCAUUCAUUGCCAGGGAAUUCGCCCAUCUCUCAGAGGGGCAUGAACUCGGGGGCCCUCCAUCCGGCUCUGCUCGGCCCCGGGAUCAGUCCGACCUCCUUGAGCUCCUCGGGGGGCCAGCUGCACUCUCCCAUCAGCACUUUGAACUCGCCCUUCUCCGUCAUCAGCUCUCCCAUGGGUCACUCCAUGUCCGUCCCACCCACACCUGGCAUGGGCUUUGGGGCCAGCCUCAGUCCUCAGCUCAACUCCCCCAUGAAUUCGGUGAGCAGCUCAGAAGACAUCAAACCGCCCGUGGGGAUCAAUGGGGUGAUGAAGGGGCAGGUCCACCAGUCACUAACGCCGCUGUCUCUUACCAAACAUAUCUGUGCCAUCUGUGGAGACAGGUCAUCAGGUAAACAUUAUGGGGUCUACAGCUGUGAAGGGUGCAAGGGCUUCUUCAAGAGAACGGUGAGGAAAGACCUGACCUACACAUGUCGGGACAACAAAGACUGCAUCAUCGACAAGCGCCAGCGGAACCGGUGCCAGUACUGCCGCUACCAGAAGUGCCUCGCCAUGGGCAUGAAAAGAGAAGUUUUGUUAAAUGCAGCCGUCCAGGAGGAGAGACAACGAGGAAAAGAUCGCAACGAGAAUGAAGUGGAGUCGACGAGCAGUGCCAAUGAGGACAUGCCGGUGGAGAAGAUUCUCGAGGCUGAGCUUGCCGUGGAGCCCAAGACAGAGACGUACAUUGAGACGAGCCUGGGGAUCCCGUCAAACUCGCCAAACGACCCCGUGACCAACAUCUGCCAGGCUGCCGACAAACAGCUCUUCACGCUUGUCGAAUGGGCAAAGAGAAUCCCGCACUUCUCCGAGCUGCCCCUCGACGACCAGGUCAUCCUCCUAAGGGCAGGUUGGAACGAACUCCUCAUCGCCUCCUUCUCCCACCGCUCCAUCGCCGUGAAGGACGGGAUCCUGCUGGCCACCGGGCUGCACGUCCACCGCAACAGUGCGCACAGUGCUGGCGUCGGCGCCAUCUUCGACAGGGUGUUGACAGAACUCGUGUCAAAGAUGCGUGACAUGCAGAUGGACAAGACGGAACUCGGGUGUCUGCGAGCCAUCGUCUUGUUCAAUCCAGACUCCAAAGGCUUGGCGAACCCUGGAGAAGUGGAGGCCCUUCGUGAGAAGGUCUACGCCUCGCUGGAGGCCUACUGCAAACAGAAGUACCCUGAACAGCCUGGCAGGUUCGCCAAGCUGUUGCUGCGUCUGCCCGCCCUGCGCUCCAUCGGCCUCAAGUGUCUCGAGCACUUGUUCUUCUUCAAGCUCAUAGGGGACACUCCCAUCGACACGUUCCUCAUGGAGAUGCUAGAAGCGCCGCACCAGAUGACUUAAAGCUGGGAGGACGUGGCGGUGGCGGCAGCUGGCAGAUUCCAACAAUCGAGAACAGGAGAGGAAGAAGAGGAAGAGGAAGGUGGCACCAAGCCUCCUGGCUGACACGGACUUCCCUUGUGGCCCCAAAGAUUUUUCUUCUUUCUUCUUUUUUUUUUGUUUUGGGGUGGGAUGCCUUUUCAUUUUUAUCGUCUUUUUUUUGGCUUUGGCCAGAGGAGUUUGUUUCACUCCGAUGGAGACUCUGCUUUAUUUUAUUAUUUUUGGCCUAGGAUAUAAAUGAAAGGACGAGAGCAGAGGCCUGAGGAUGAGGCGAAUGACAGAAUGGCAGGAGGAGGUGGCAUUCAUCGACAUAACCCACCUCAUCUCUCUAUCUCAGCUAUUGGGCCCCCUUAUGUACCCAUUGGGUUAGCUGGACCACCAAGCUGUCACAAGGAAACAGAACAGGCCAUCUCCAAAGGGAAGCAAAGUGCAGGCAGAGGUGGGCACUAUUGACCACUCAGGUGCUAUGUGCUGCCCCCUCUGACCGGCGACUGGCAUAUCAGGGGGCAGCUUAGUCAACAACGGGAGUCAUGACUUGUAAUCAUGCCAUUCUGAACCUGUCUCUCACCCCAUUCUUAAAGGGCAUAGGCGGAGCAUGGAUCUGUAUUUAUUAAGAUGGGCACGCCUGGCACAGCAAAGAGGUCAUGGGAUGGGUGAUGUCCAAGUGGCCAAAUGACCCCUUGGACCUGUGGAAUAUGGGUGCAGAGAAAUCACCAGCAGACAAAACCAUGGUGCCAACAAAAUGCCCACCUUGCCAGUCCAGAGGACGUGAGGUGGCGGCUGACCAGCUCUUUUCUACACCUCUGAGGUCCUUCAACUUGUUUAUUUCCCAAAGAUUUGGUGUUUUUAAUUUUUAUUGUGACUUGCAGUCAUUUUUACCGUCGGCCCUCAAAUGUCAAAAGGAGUAAAGCACUUGGAUUGAACUA